AUGGAGAACGCAGAUAGCACGGAGGAGGAGAAGCAGCAGCCGGCCGUAGGCAAUGACAGCACGGACAACGGCACCGAACCGGCAGCAGAGGAGCAGCAGAUGGACUUCAGUACCGAAAUCAUGAGUGUGACCGAGAUGGAGCAGUCACCCGACAGCUCCCCGGACUUGAACGAGGAGAACACGCAGGAGAGCGAAAUCCCCAACAUCGAGAGUUUGCAGACGUCCGAUAUCGAGGCGUGCUUCCCUCCGGACUUUGACAAGUUCUGGAAAGUAGUCGAGGAGAAUCCCCAGGAUUUCACAGGAUGGGUGUAUCUGCUGCAGUACGUGGAGCAGGAGAACCACCUCCCGGCUGCCAGGAAGGCAUUUGACAGGUUUUUCACGCACUACCCCUAUUGCUAUGGGUACUGGAAAAAGUAUGCGGACCUGGAAAAGCGCCACGACAACGUGAAGCAGUCGGAUGAGGUUUAUCGCAGAGGGCUUCAGGCAAUUCCUCUUAGUGUUGAUCUUUGGAUACACUAUAUAAACUUCCUAAAGGAGACCUUGGACCCUGCUGACCCCGAAACCAACAGUACGAUCCGAGGAGCCUAUGAACAUGCAGUCCUGGCUGCUGGGACAGAUUUCCGUUCUGACAGACUGUGGGAGAUGUAUAUAAACUGGGAAAACGAACAGGGCAACCUGAGGGAGGUGACAUCCAUCUAUGACCGCAUCCUUGGAAUUCCAACGCAACUCUACAGUCAUCACUUCCAGAGGUUUAAAGAGCACAUACAGAACAACUUGCCGCGAGACUUCCUGACGACCGAGCAGUUCGUCCAGCUGCGCAGAGAGCUGGCGUCUGUGAACGGCCACAGCGGGGAGGAC